AUGACCAAACUCCUGAGUACUGCCAAUGCUUGCAGCCGUAGCACGAUGUAUUGUGCACUGGUACUGGUUUAUUAUUGUCACGUCCAACAGUGAAAAGCAUAUCAUAUGUACCCUUCAUACAGAUCAAACCAUUACCACAGGGCUACGAUAAGUGACAAUGCAGAAGGAAGUGUAAAAACUACAGAGGAAGUGCAGUGCAGGUAAACGAUAAAGUGCAGGAUCAUAGCGGGGUAGAUUGUGAGGUCCAGAGUCCAUCUUAUCAUACAAGAGGUCCAUUCAAGAGACUGAUAACAGUGGGAUAGAAGCUGUCCUUAAGCCUGGUGGUACGUGCUUUCAGGCUUAUGUAUCUUCUGCCUGAUGGAAGAGGGGAGAAGAUAGAAUGUCCAUGGUGGGUGGGGUCUUUGACUAUGCUGGCUGCUCUACUGAGGCAGCGAGAAGUAUAGAGAGAAUCCACAGAGGGGAGGCUAGCUCCUGUGAUGUGCUGAGGUGUGUCCACAACACUCGGCAGUCCCUUGAGGUCUUCUGCAGAGCAGUUGCCGUACCAAGAAGCUAUUAUGCUUCCAGACAGAAUGCUUUCUAUGAAGCAUUAAAAAAAUUGGUAAGGGUUGAUGGGAGCAAGAUUAAUUUCUUUAGCCUCCCGGGGAAUCCUUAAGGAUUGCCAUAAGAUUUGUCUCAGUGGGAGUUACAGGGAGAGCUUGGGGUUGCUGGAAAGAAGCUAUUUGCCGAGUUCUUUUCUCACUUCACAACGAAUUAAUAAUGCAGGGAGGUGUCACAAACCUAUGUUCUCUUUGAAAAUGGCUCUUCCGCCCACUGCAUGCUGGAUGGACCCCAGUAUUACCACAUAGCAGGCAGUCAGUGUUCCCCAGCGAUCGUUGCUUUGUGAGCACUCACUGGCACUCACUUUUGGCUGGAAAGAGUUAACGUGGCAGAUGUGCUUUUGGACUGAACUACAGUGCGACAACCGGAUCAGCUCUCACUUGUCGCUUUUUUUAGGACAGCCAGGAACUAAAAACCUAACGACAUUCGGGAAAUGCACGCGGCGGACCUCUUUACUGAAAAGCCGGAAUUUUUCAUCAUAGAAAGCAAGAGGCGAAAACCCAUGUGGUUCUCAAGCAUGCCAAGGCUUGUGAUUGGCAGCGAGACAGUGCAUUUAUGUGAGGCAUCUUGGGUAGAUUCCUUUGGCAUCAGCUGUUAAGCAUUCAGAGAUUACAUCACAGAGACCACUGAGAAGCUCUUUUUUUUUCAAAUGGGAUUUUUGUCCAUCUCGUCACGUCAGUGACUACGGAACGAUAUCAGCUAGGAACAGUCAUAGCAACACACCUACUGGUUCCGACAGGGAGGAACCAGUUUUCUUUCCAAAGGGGUAGAGCCUCUAUUUCGUAUUCACAGACCUUUUAAACACGCCUUUUUUUUUUACUGAGGCUUUUAGUAAUCCUCAAUCAAAGCAAACACGGGUGCUUCAAGAUGCAAAUUGCAGAGCGAGGAGAGGGAGAGAGAGAGAAAAACACUCCCCGCUCUCAAAAGACGAUAGCGCCGGUUAAAAACAAUUCUGUUUGGCCAGCCACACGGAGUUAACAAAACGUGGAUUUUUAUUCCCCCCCCCCUUUUAUUUCUAUCACACGCAGGUUUGAUCGCUCCAAGGAGCAGUUUUUGUUUGGGCUAUGUACGUGCGUUGUGUGACAGGGAUAAUGGCCCCUACAGCUGUUAGGAUGGGGGUGGGGGAAGUGUAUGUAGGCUGAAUAACUAACCAUAUCACUGCUUCCUGCUUUAUACUCUCAGUUGUGGUAUCACGUUUACCCAGGAACUCUACAUGGUUCAGCUUCCUUUCAAUCCUUCAUUUUGUAAUCCUUUUUUUGUGGACUUGUAAUAUACAGGUUCAGAAGGGAGCACAGUGGAUGGCCCCAGAACAGGCCAAAUGGAAGAGGGGUCAACCAACCAUGUUGGAGAAAGCAGGUUAAGGUUAGACAUGGCGCCGAGCCUGGUGAAUGGAGUACGUGGGCAAGAAAGACAAACUAUUGCAGUGGAUUCGGUUGAGUGGAUGGAAGAACAGGCACUCCCUCAACACACCAAUGGCAGCGUCAACUGGGAAGCAGCUGAAGUCCUGAACCAAGUUCGGAACCAUGUCAAGGAAGACUUGGCAACCAGUGGGGUUACUGUGGCCCUGGGCGAUGACAGGAAGUUAGCGGCAUUCCCUGAACCACUGUUGAGUUUACCUUUAUAUCAUACACCAGCACAAAGCCCUCAGCCUUUGCAAAAGAUUAAUUUGACUGAGAAAUGUAAAUCAGAGGUUAACAACAGCCUUGAAAGAAUGCAGUUGAUCUCGCCAAUGAAUGAUGAUUGCCCUCCCGACGACGAUUUGAGCACUUUGACUACUGCGUGGGACCUUGCAAAAAAACAUGGGAAAAAGCCGCCAAACUGCAGUUGUAACAGCCCAGACCGCCUGGAUAACCUGGAGUGGCUUAAGAGAAAUAUCAAAACUGUGAUUAGUGUGGAGCAGAACAGGAGUCCGGAACUUUCCAAUAAAGUCAGUGACACGCCCGUGGAGAAUGGUGCUUUACAGAAUCAUCUGCUCAGUUUGGAGAACACGCUCAUUAUCGACUCCCCUGACGUCGCCCAGUACUCUCAGAACGCUUUGACCAUCGCGAAAGAGAAGAACAUAAGCCUGCAGACAGCGAUCGCCAUCGAAGCCUUGACGCAGCUGUCGUCCACACUGCCACAGCCAUUUUCGGAAGCCUCCCCGCAGAUUAACAGUACCUCGCAAAUCGGUGACGCUUCAUCGAGCUCCGUCGAAGAGAAUAAAGCGACGCUGCCCGUCCUGUCCAAUGCCGUGAAGGAACUGCGCGAAGACCGUCACCCUGAGCAACAGAUUCCGUCCCAGAAUCCCGCUGUCCAGCAGCCACCCCCGGGUCACCAGGUGUUCCCAGAUUACACGCCGCAUGAGCAAGCCCUGUGGAAUCACCUCAAGAAGCCAGCACCAAGUGAAGGUCACUAUGCUCCAGCCAUGAAGAUGUUACAAGUCCCAUUUAACAGCUUCUCGAACUCAGCGCCCACCAUGAAACACGCCGAGGAAGCGCCCGCCCACGGGAGCGAGGGGGUUGGUGUUGAGCUCUGCAACGCCAGUCAGCCGAUUACCCCUCUGAAUGAUCCGAUGAGCGAGUUAAAGCAACUGCUGGACGGUAACAAUAGCAACAAGUACUCCGCGCCGCAGUUUAAGAUGCCUCACGCUGUCGGUCACGAGGACGCCGGAGCGAAGAUGCAGCAGGACCUGCCGUUGCUGUUCCCCAACCUGGCAGCUGGGUUUUACAGGAUGUUCCCCGAGCAGCAGCCCCUCCAGUCUGUGCAGCAGAUGCACCAGCGCAGUAAGCAUCAGAAGACGCAGGCCGCACUGCAGCAGCACCUCCACCACAAACGCAGCCUCUUCCAGGAGCAGGAGCAGAAGCAGAACCACCUGCCCGAGCAGCCGAAGUGCUGGCCGCCGCACCAGCCACACCUCAAGCGGCAGAAGCAAAAGAAGACCGCCCAGGACAAGAGGAGGCUGCAGCCGGCCCAGAGGCCGCGCAAGGAGGCGCCGCCGCUUCACAAGGCCCCGGGCGUCCAGCCGCAGCUCUCCCUGCAUCAGUUUCAGCAGAUGCAACAAGCCAAGCUACAGCAAGGUUUGCCGUGCCAGGCGUUACCUCAACAGAACCAGGUGCCGGAGGGAUAUCAGCAACUGGGAACAACCCUCAGCAACUACAGAUCUGCAGAAAAUCCGCAACAGCAACUCCUUAAGGAAUGCCCGAUGCAGGCAGGACUUCUCCCAGCGUCUGAAGCUCCCCACCAGAAACAGAUAGAUAAUACCACGCCGGGCAUUUCUCAAGACUCUCCCUCCUUUGAAGCGUCUACUCCCCAGAAAAUGGGUAGCCUCCUGCCGGAUCACUUCCCCUGUAAACAGCACAUUGGAAAAUAUCCUCAAUUGUCUUCAAUGAAGAGCAGCCCCACUAACCAGACAGAGAACAGGGAAACGCACGCAAAUUCCGACUCUGUACCUCUCCAACUCCAGCCAGGCGAGAUGCCCAUGCAUAGCCCUCAUUCCUUUGAGGACAAAAUAGAGGAAAUCUUGAAGCAGUUUGAGGACGAGUUCGAGUCCAACUCUGCAUCUCAGAAAACCCAGCUUCCUGCCCAGAACAACCCAACAUCUCAGGUCGAAACCAAUGGAAACCGAACAUCCUCUGCAGGUCCGCAUCCUUCACCUCUCAACCACUCGCAGGACUAUGAACAAAGGAGUCAUAAGCCGCUUUCUCAAAAUACAUCUCAGGAGCAGUCGGGGUGCAAAACACCUGAUAUGGUCAACAAGGUGCAGGAAAAUAUAAAAUCUUUUAAUAGUUCUUUUAGGAGCGGAUCCUCAAAACACGUGAAAGUUGAAUCCUCUGGUGCUAUUACUGUGCUGUCAGCUGUUUAUUCUGGAGAAAACAUGGAAGCUCAGUCAGAAGAAGGUACCCCCACAAAGAACACACCUCUAGAUCCUUCCCUCAGAGGCUUUCUGGAUUCCCCUUUGAAGUAUUUGGAUACACCGACCAAAAGCUUGCUGGACACCCCUUCAAAAAAAGCCCAGUCAGAGUUUCCAACGUGCGAUUGUGUUGAGCAAAUCAUAGAAAAAGACGAAGGUCCUUACUACACACAUCUUGGUUCGGGUCCAACUGUGGCCGCCAUAAGAGAACUAAUGGAAGAAAGGUAUGGGGAGAAGGGGAAAGCAGUUAGAAUUGAGAAGGUCAUUUACACAGGGAAAGAAGGCAAGAGUUCCCAGGGAUGUCCAAUUGCAAAGUGGAUAAUACGAAGAGCGAGCGAAGAAGAGAAAGUCCUGUGUCUCGUGCGUGAGCGAGCUGGUCAUCAUUGUCAGAACGCGGUUGUUAUUAUUCUGAUCCUGGCUUGGGAAGGCAUCCCUCGUUCCCUGGGAGACAAGCUGUACGAUGAGCUGACGGAGACGUUGACGAAGUAUGGGAACCCCACCUGCCGAAGAUGUGGAUUGAAUGACGACCGCACUUGUGCAUGUCAGGGAAAGGAUCCCGAGACCUGUGGUGCCUCCUUCUCCUUCGGCUGCUCCUGGAGUAUGUACUUCAAUGGCUGCAAGUACGCCCGCAGCAAGCACCCUCGCAAGUUCAGGCUGCUGGGAGACAACCCAAAGGAGGAAGCUUUACUUAAGGACAGAUUGCAAACGUUAGCCACAGAAGUCGCUCCACUCUACAAACAGCUUGCACCCCAAGCCUUCAGUAAUCAGAUUACCAAUGAACGGUUAGCCCCUGACUGCCGACUGGGGAAGAAGGAAGGGAAACCAUUUUCAGGAGUAACUGCAUGUAUGGAUUUCUGUGCUCAUGCCCAUAAAGACCAACACAACAUGUACAACGGCUGUACUGUGGUUUGCACCCUGACAAAGGAGGACAAUCGGCAGAUUGGGACAAUACCAGAGGAUGAGCAGCUGCACGUGCUUCCCCUCUACAAGGUGUCGACAACCGAUGAACACGGCAGCGAGGACAACCAGAACGAGAAGAUCAAGGCGGGGGCGAUCGAGGUGCUCACCGCCUUUCCCAGGGAGGUGAGAAUGCUGCCUGAACCAGUCAAGUCAGCACGCCAGAAGAAGUUGGAAGCCAAGAGAGCAGCUGAGAAGCAGAGGAGCCAAGAGAAGAAACUCCUGGCUGGGAAGCUGAAGCAGGAAGUAGAAAAUCUCAAGUGCAGCACUCCACAAAGCAAAGAUGUGAGUUUGGCAAGUGGAACGCCCCAACAUCACCUCACACCUUCGAUCAAAAUAGAACCCCAGGAUCACUAUAAUUCCUUCAAGCACAGCGGGAAUUCUGUUGUGGAGAGUUACACAGUGCUGGGUAACUACAGACCCUCCAACGCAUAUGGUCUGGGCAAUGCCUAUCCUUAUCAUUCCUACUAUGCAAGGCCCGCCCUCUCUGCCAUUAAUAAUUUUCACGCACGUUACUCAUUUCCUUACGGAUAUUAUGGUUAUCCAAGCAACCAGUUAUUCCCCCCAUCAUUCCUUAACUACGGCGGUAAUGACUCACGGCCAGGGAGUUUCUCAGGAAGCAGGUUUGAGAAGAAGCCAGACGUUCAGGAGCUGUGUUCGAAUUUCAACCUUGCCCUCAUAAAUAACAGGAUCGACGGCUCUGACCAGGGCACGGAGAUGGCGCCAAAGCAGAACCAUCAGCUGAUGUUUCAAGGGGGAGCGGGCCUAGGUCCUCAGAGCUCGCUGCCCGCAGCAUCCAGUCAGUCCCAGCAGGCGUGCCACAUACCCGAGGAGGUCAAAAGAGUCUCACAAAAUGCCAACAGCAUCAAUCGAUACAUCAAGAAGGAGCCCGAAGACCCUGCUCCCUAUUCCCAAUCUUGCCACGAGGUUUCCGUGAAUGCCCACGCAGUAAACAAUGCCUUCUCUGCCACACAGACGCCACCUGGCCUCGGUCACCAAGGGAAGUCGUGGGAUAUGUUUAAACCGAAUGGUAGUUUGGUGCCAGCUGCGGCGACUGGGCACGAGAAGCCUUGGGGCCUGUUCAAUUCUACCGACAGCACCAAGUUAGCUAACACAAGCGUUCAAGAAAGGUGGAACUCAAUAACACCCAAUAGGAAUAUGACUGGGACGCCCGUUUCGAACGCACAAGAAAAGCUGUGGAACUUGCACACUGAUGCCAGGAGCACGCCACCCGUGAAAAGUGGGAGCCUACAGGGGGCGCCAUGGGAUUCGUACAAACCAGGUGAAGCCAUCACUCCCCCUUCCAUCUCAACGAAUGUUAACCUUAAGGACAGAUUAUGGGAGCCCAUGAAAAUGCAGAACAACCUGUCAACGAUACCGGGCUCCAGCCUCCCUGACAAACUCCAAUGGGAAAUGUACAAAAGGAGUAGCAGCAGCAACGGUAACCUGCGGGAGAAAGUGUGGGCAGAAAAUGGAACUGUGUUCUCCAGCGCAAGCACAGAAGGGAAACAGUGGGAUCUUUACAAACUGAAUGAGAACAAGGCAGCUUUAGAUGGCUCAGGAAUACAGGAACAGCUCUGGGACCCGUACUGUAUGAAUGACAGUGUGGAGGACUUGCCUCCCGAAAACAUGAAGGAGGAGGAGGAGGAAGUGUGGUCGGACAGCGAGCACAAUUUCUUGGAUGGGAACAUUGGCGGGGUUGCCGUGGCUCCGGCUCACGGCUCCAUUUUGAUCGAGUGCGCCCGGAGAGAGCUUCACGCCACCACUCCGUUGAAAAAACCAAACCGGUGUCACCCCACGCGAAUAUCUCUUGUGUUCUACCAGCAUAAGAACUUAAAUGAGCCGAACCACGGCUUAGCACUCUGGGAAGCGAAGGUGAAGGUCCUUGCAGAAAGGGCGAAGCAAAGGCGGGAAGAAGCGGCGAGGUUAGGCUUGCCCCUGGUAAAUUCCAAGCUCCUCGGGAAAAAGCGCAAAUGGGGCAGUGCGCCAUCUACAGACAUUGAACACAGUAAGAAAGACUUCUUUCCCACACGCCAGGCUUUGACCAUUACCACAAACACUGUUAUCACUGUGUCUUCAUACGCCUAUACCCAGGUAACAGGACCCUACAACCGCUGGAUUUGAGACACGUACAACUUGGCGGCCAUUUUACCUCACUACGGCAACGGUGUCUGUUGCUGGAUGCGGUGCUUUCCUCUGUCAAAUAUACUGUAGAGGGAGAAUUCCACUCAAGUGCAAAUCAUCUCGAAAUCUGCACUCUGAGCAAAGAAUUUUAAUUACGAUUAAAAAAAAAAUUCCUGGUUUUAGUAAUCUAAUUUAUAUAUCUACAUGUUUUUGAACUUAUAGCUACCCAUCGUUACUGAAGGGUAAAAGAAAACUUUCUAUGUCAAAUUAGAAAAAUAGUAUUUAUUGUACACAUUUUGUUGUAUUUGUUGUUCAAAGAAAAAUAAUCAUUUGGUAGAGAAGCAACUACUUCUUCAGGGCCAAGUUAAUUCUGACAGAUAUCAACAUCUCAACCUGUUAGACUUCAUCUGAAACUAAACUAAAAAAGGAAAAGAAAACUGGUGCUUUUUUAAAAAAGAAGUUUACAGCACAGAGUUCAUUUUUAGUCAUGGCAGUAAAGAUCAGCUUACACAAUCCUUAGCCCAGUGAUUUCAUAAUGUAAGCUAUUACCACUGGCCUGUCUGUUGGUGCUCUAAACCUUAUUAGCCUGGUGUUUCUGGUCGAAACACCAAGCACAUGCACUUAAAUGUAAAAAAAAAUUCCCAUUGUGCCGUUCAGAGGUAGAUAAUAAUGGCAAUUAACAUCUUGGUGCUCCUCCAUUGCCUUUUUGUUCUCAUUUCAUAAAAACAGAGAAUUUUACAGUAUAUCUGCUGUACCUUGAUAAAGCAGAAAUCAUUUUAUGAUCUAAUCAUCUAGUUGUAUUUCACUAAGCGUUUGAAUUGUAAUUACAGUCAAACCUAAGAUGACAGAUUUCUGGGAAUGGAUUUCCCAGAAUAUCUUCUUCAAACUCUAUAAAAAUAAAUAAUUUUGCAGUUUUAUGCUGAAAUACGCUCACCACCUGAACCCAUCUUCUUUCCAUUCUCAAAAUCCUAUCGGAUUCUUUCUUCUUCAGCCCUUUACCUUUUCCACCUAUCAUCUCCCAGGUUCUUACUUCAUUCCCACUCCCUCCCCCACCCAGUUUCUCCCUCAACUGGCUUCACCUGCCCCAUCUUGCCCUCUUUCCCCUCCUCCCCCCACUUGCUUAUUCUGGCUCCUCUCCCACCUCCCCCCACCCAUUCUCAACACCUGAACCAUUCUCCAAUAUCCUACCAGAUUCCUCCUUCUUCAGCCCGCUGCCUUUUCCACCUAUCACCUCCCAGCUUCUCACUCCAUCCUGCACCCUCCCCCUCACCUGACUUCACCUAUCACCUGCCAUCUUGUACUUCUUCUCCCUUCCCUCCCACCUUCUUUUCUGGCUUCUCCCCCCCCCCCCCCCCCCCCCCCAUCCUUUCCAGCCUUGACGAAGGGUCACGGCCCAAAAAAACGUUGACUCUUUAUUCCUCUCCAGAGAUGCUGCCCGACCAGUGUACGUCUCUGGAUUUCCAGACUCUCACACAAAACGGAACUCAGCAGGACGGGCAGCAUCCGCGGAAAUGAAUGAACAGUCGACGGUCCGGGCGGAAACCCGCCAUGGUGCAGAAUCUCUUUGUGGUUUGUCGACACCUGAACCCGUUGCGUUGAACACAAGUGAUUCUGCCCAGGCUGGAAAUCCAGAGUAUGGUCAGGUGAAUUUCAGUGCCGAACACUUGCGGUCUGAAAUUUGGUGAGCUUCAGAAGUUUCCCAGUUAAUAAGCGAAGAAGGGUUGACUGUAAUGACAAUGCACCACCAGUCUAGGAGAUAGGCCUAUUAUUUUUAUUAGCAUGUCAUUGAAACUCCACUCAGGUGCCUCUCUCAGAGUGCAGGGAUUCAAGUGACUGAGUUGAUUUAUUUUUUCGUUCUUUUCUUCAUAUUUUUUUUCCACACAUUGAUAUAAAAAAGUACAGCGGGUUGUAUAUUUCACCUGCAUUCUAUAUCCUCCAAUUUUAAACUGUAAAUAUAUGAAAAGAAAACAUUUUAAAGCACUUUCACCUUGAUUUUAAAAUGACAACUUGAAGUAGUUUAUUUAACAGAUAAUUAUUGGGAGAACUACUGUAUAUAGCUGCAAAAUUUUUAGCAAAAUAUUUCUCAAUGUUCCUGUCCCCUGUUCUUUAACCUCCCCACAACCAUUUUUAGGAAAUCUUAACCAUCAUGUUCGUGUUGAAUUCAGCUCAUGUUCUUACACUGAUUAAGCCCAGAAAUAGGUUGAGGAUUAUUUUUUGGGAAUCAUUGAAACCAUUUGUUUUUGAUCAGAUGCCGUAACUUUGGCUUAAAGUACCAUUUAUUUUGCCACAUUGAAGCAUGCACGUGCUGUAAAAUUUGGUGUAUAAUCAGUUUAUAGCCUUUUAUAAUAGAGGAAGAUCAGCUGGCAUUCACCCAAUCUCCUGUAUCUCUAAAAAAGCAGCCGCAAAAAAAAACAGCUUAUGAUUCAGACUUAAAAUUGUUUUGCCUUCAAACAAGUAGACGUUUACUUGAUUUCCCAUAGUACAAUGCAUGCUUUGUUUAAUCUUCCAGUUUCUAACACAGAGUAUUGAAUUACCUGCAUGGAAAUUGAUUUUUUUUUUUACAACACUUCAUAUUUUGUCCACAUGUUCACCACUGAACUGAUAGGCAACUUUGAGGAAGUCGCUGUGCAGUUUUGAAAUGGCAUUUUUAUUUUUGUUUUAAUGCAACCCAUGGGGUAAUAUUUCACCAACAACAGAAAAGAUUUUUUUUUAAAAAAGAAUAUGGCCCAUGUGUAAUCUGAUAACAAAAGUAAGGGGCAUAGUGGUUAACACAACGCUUUACAGUACGGGUGAACAAAGUUCAAAUCCCGCCACUGUCUGUGAGCAGUUUGUACGUUCUACCCGUGACUGCGUGGGUUUCCUCUGGGUGCUCUGGUUUCCUCCCACAGUCCAAAGGCGUACCAGUCAGUAGGCUCAUUGGUCAUUCUAAAUUGUCCCGUGAUUAGAUGAGGGUUAAAUCAGUGAGUCACUGGGCGGUGCGGCUCAAAGGCCAGAAGGGCCUAUUCUGUACGUAUCUCAAUAAAAUCCAAACAGAUACAAUUUUGAAAAAAUAUUGUACCAAUAAGCCAUCUUGGAAGAAAAUAUAAUGGACAAAGGUACAUAUACAGUAGGUGUUUGAUAGUACAGACUCAAUAGGCCGAAGGGCCUUUAUUUCUCAAUAUAUUAUGUCCUCUGAGUUCCACAAAAGGGAGUGUAAAUUAUCCAAUUUUGGUUGGUUUUACUUUAAUAAUUUCAUGUGCCUUUAUUGAAUAUUUUACACCUAACCAUUCCAAAAAAUUCAAUUCAAGUUAAGAUUUGCUCUCUCUGACGGCCUGUUACGCUACUGGCGUUUAGGGCAGCAGUGAAGGUCCUCCAUCUUUGGCGGCGUUCAGGGCUUCCUUCAUCGUGUCCGCAGCUCGGUUUCCACUGCUGUUAGUCAGGCAAGUCCCAGAUGGAGACUCAGGAAUACCGUCACACUCAAGUGAAGGAUUCUUCAUUGCUGUUUCCGUAACAAUUUUGUUUUAAUAAUCAGAGUUGUUAGCCCUGAACUGAACCCCCCCCCCCCCCCGCACCGAACCUGGAGGACUGGUGGACCGUUGUUAGUCUGGUCUUGACCCUUUGACCUGUUUGGCAUGGGUGACCCUACCAAGAGCCAAAGCAUAAAUCCCAGGCUCCAGCCAACGUAGCUCUCUGGGGCAUUGAGGCAUGCAAACCUCCAAACCACAACAAGGUUGUGGUCCCCUUGGAGAUAAGAUUUACCAGCUCCCCAAAAUAAAGCUCACCCUCAAAUAAGAGACUGGUCUAUGAUGUCCUUUCGAUGUCCCCUUUCCCCAAUCUGAACAAAUAUUUACAGUAGAAACUGGCAGUUCAUAGUUUCCAUACCACUUAAGAAAUCAGUUAUAAGUAUAUGUAGUCAUCAAUGCCAUUAUUAAACUAGAAGAAAACUACCUCAGAUCUCUCAUUUUAUUAAAGGAUUGAGUAUGUUUUCUGAACAGGUUAAAGUUCCUCCAUUUGCAGUAGUCAUAAGCAUUUACAAUUUUAAGACGAGAAUUUCUAAAACUUUUCAGGUAAUGUCGGGUACAAGAUCAAUUGACGUAACAUACUCAUAACGUGGAACAUUGAAAGAUUAGUUUCAGCUACAUAAGAUAAAACUCCUUUAAUGUGAGCUGCUAUUUCCAUCCCUCAAAAAAUAUUAGCCUUUUUUUUUAAACAUAGGAGCAGAAUUCGGCCCUUUGGCUCACUGGGUCUGUUCCAUGUCUGAUUUAUUAUCACUCUCGACCCCAGUCUCCUUCCUUCUCCCCGUAACGCCCGAUGUUUCAGCUGCGCAAACAACGCACGUUGUCUCUGUUUCAUUUAACUUUGCGACUCGGAUGAGGAGAAUUUGUUUAUCUCCCUAACCGUCCUCUUGGCAUGCCUCAAUCCUGCGGGUAAAAUGCUCCUUCUCUAAGUAGUUAGUAACCUUGAAGUGAACUUUCAAUAGCUGAAGCUGAAUCGCGUUAUCCUUGGAUGACAGUCCCAUGGUCUACCAUUGGAGAUACAAAGCUGUCUUCACUCUUUAUAUUAUUGCAUGAAUUUUAUAAAGACUGCCCUGGUAGGCAAAAGGAUAAUGUGUACUCAAAGAGUUAACUGAAUUGGCAUUCUGCACUGUCUGUCUGUCUGUCUCUCUCUCUCUCUCUCUCUACAGCACUAUUUCAACAUUAAUAUAGAUUCUUCCCUUCACCCCUAACACACUCUCAGGCUAAGCCAUAGAAGCUUACAUUUACCAGAUUACGUUUCCCCAAUUACUAAAGAGCGCAGUAUGAUUGCUCUCUUGAGAAACAGGCAAUUUUAAUUCCUGGAACUUUAGCUCAGGAAUUGUUUCUGUACAUGCAAACAACACUAAAAGGUGCUAAAAUAAAUGACUAAAUGUGAAAUACCAGCAAUUUGUACUCACUGUAACAGCCUGACAUAACUUGAAUUACAUGCAGGAUAGCUUUUGUCACUGUUUCAUCACAGGGUUAAAGAGCACCACAUGUGCUACUUGUAUUUGCUGGUUACAUUUAAAGCAGUAUAGUAUUUGCUUCCAACUCUGAAAAGCUCUGAGCAAACCAGUCUGUCUUUGACAAGUUUCCCCAGUCUAAAUAUGAAUGCCACUGAUUUAAGUUCCAUGCAAAUGCAACGUCAGUUGUUGUACUAAAAAUGAAGGCUGCUGCUUAAAAUCCACCUUACUGUGAAAAUUAGAAUGUAUUGAGGAAAAAAAACCUGCCUCAAUUUUCCCGUCAGUGAAUAGCAAUGAUACUUAUAUCGUCAAAGUACAUAAAUAAACCAAACAGUGAUAAAUUGCUUGUCAAAAUUAUGUUAAUCACAAUUUUGAGAAUCUUAAAAUAUAUACCAAAUUUUGUAAGCCAAUCAGAAUUAAACAAAUAAAAUUACCUACGCAAUCAAUGACGUAGGUCUAAGGGGAAAGUCCUUUCAAGAAAAUGCUUUGGAAAAUCAUGUGCAUAAAUGCACUGUAAUUCAUCUUUACACAUCAAUAUGUUGCUCGUUUUCCUCUCCAAAGGAUAAGCUAUACAGUACUUUACAAAGAGAUACAUUCACAAAACAAGUAAUGGCCACCUCCUUAAUCCCCUACCUAUUUUAUAUAAGUCUAAGUAGAAUUUGGAUUCAAAUCUAAGUUAUGUUUUUAUAAGGUUAAUCAAUCUAAAAGAUUCCACAACUUCUGAUCUGUGGAUUGUCCAAGCAAACUUUUGAUGGCGAUAGGUUGCUGGUACCAGUGUGGAAAACUCACUCACUAGCCUUCCGCUGAUGAGAUAGAGUGGCUUUAUUCUUGAGCGUUGGUACUGCUCACUAAGUCCUGUACCUCAGCCAAGUCUGGAAACAUCUUGACCAUUGUCAAUAGACAUCCAAAAAAUGUAUUUGAACGCACAGCAAGAACAAAACCCAGUGCAUUGUUUAGCCUAGCGUGAUACAGUGAAAAUAUUUUCAGAGAGAUUAUAAUGUGACCUGCUGAAAGGUGCUACAAUAUUCUUCAAUAUAGUACUGUAACUUAAACCAGUUGCAGUGUCCACACAGAGAUUAGAAAUUUAGGUUCAGGGGUAGACAAACUUCAUUUUCAACAUUGCAAUAUGAUUUCUCACUGAAAAGGAGAAUAUAUCUCUUAGACAAUUACAUGACACCAUCUCUAUUUAGUUCCUUAGCAAGUUUUAUUGCAUACCUUUUGUAGAGCUAUUUCUAUAGAAUGUAUGUAAAUUCACCAGUGUGGACACUCAGAGUGCGCACAAUAGGAUUAAAAUAUUAACACUUAGUUAACUUUGAAAUUUCUUGUCUUCAAAUGUGACAGCUAAGGGGAAAGUGUGUUAAAUAUAUGUCUUUUGAUGCAACGUUCUAUGGUUAAAAAAAAUGAUUUAAAACAGUUCAGAUUCACAGGGCCUUUCUGGUUUCUUUAAUUACAGAAAUGUUAGCAUUUGUUACCCAUUCUGCAGCAAAAAUUUUUGCAAUGCUUGUGCUUAAUGCUGGCAUAAAUUUAUGCUUUAUCCAUGUGACUUUAUUUUGUAUAUCAGUAUUUGUAAAUAUGAAGUAUGUUUUAAACUUCUUCCAAAUUGUUUUUAUAUUUCUUUUGUUUUUUUUAUUUGAGGUGCUAUUUGAUUUGUCCAGUCAGGUGAUCUUGCCCCCCUUUUUUUUAAAUAAAUGCUUGUGUUUUGGUUGUACAGAAAUUUGGAUUCUGUUUGGUGACUUCCUCAUCCUAAAAUCCAGGAUUUCCUUAGAAAUCUAUAGCAUUAGGGCAAUCUUGUAAUACAAUGCAAAUGAGCAUGACUUUCAUAAAACAUGGGUUUAACGAGAGAAUUUUAAUGUACCUACAUUACAGGGCAUGCUUUCUUUGCUUUGAUGACUAAAUAUUUUAGGUCUCUUUAACAAGAUCUAUCUUCUUUAAAAGGAGAAGGAUCGUGUAUAUUUCUUGAUAGGUAGAUAAUUUCAGAAAAAAAAAAUAGAAUGUUAACUCUGUGGUAUUCCCAUAGAAUUUACACUCAGUGACCACUUUAUAUGAGAUACAGGAGUGGAGCCCAGGUUGGUCUUGUGCUGCUGUAGCCCAUGCACUUCAAUGGUCAAUACGUUGUGUAUUCAGAGAUGCUCUUCUGCUCACUCGCUCACUGUUGCAACAUGUGAUUAUUUUGAGUUACUGUCACCUUCCUAUCAGCUUGAACCAGUUUGGCCAUUCUCCUCCGACCUCUCUCAUGAACAAGGCAUUUUCACCCACAGAACUGCCACUCACUGGAUGUUUUCUUCUGUUUAUUGCGCCAUUCUCUACAAACUCUAGAGACUGUAGUGCAUGAAAAUCCUUCUGAGAUACUCAAAUCACCCUGUCUGGCACUGAUAGUCAUUCCACGGGCAAAUCACUUAGAUCACAUUUCUUCCCCAUUCUGACAUUUGCUCUGAACAGCAACUGAACCUCUUGACCACGUCUGCAUGCUUUAUACAUUGAGUUGCUGCCACAUGAUUGGCUGAUUAGAUUACAACAUAACGAGCAGGUAUACAAGUGUAUCUAAUAAAGUGACCACUGAGUGUAUAUUAUAAAAAAAAUCACAGGUAAAAUAUUCCAUCAUCGCUGCGUAAGAGCCACUCUUAUUUUUAUUUACAAUACUUAGACACUGUAAGAGCAAUCUUGCUUGGAAUGACAAAGUGUGCAGUGGGAGCAAGAUGGUUGCCACCUUUUAUUUGGUGAUUUGCCACCUCUUCGUUGUUAUACAACACAAUAUCGAAGCAUGCAUUUUGCAAGGGCAAGGGCACACACACACACACACACACACACACACACACACACACACACAAGCACACGCAGGAUGUAUGUCUGCACUUUGGUUUUGUCAGUUGCAGUUCAAGAAAUCCAAAUGAUAGCCAACAUCGUGAUAUCUGGAUUUAAUACCGUGAAUGACAAAACGGAGCAGUAUUUAAUACUAUAAAAAUGUCCUAUGGUGUUUGAAGCAAACCCAGGAUUAGGUCAGCACUAGUUGUUUAACAUACCGUCUAGCUCAAAUAUCACUUCUGUUUAGAAAGAGCUUUGCACAAAUGAGGUCACCUGAAUGUACAGGCCAUUACUGGCUGUACUUCCUAAGCAUUUGAAGUAAGUGCAGGUAUUACACUUGUGAGACUCCGAGCAUUUUCCAAGUACACUUUGAUCACACGCUGGGAUCUGUGGUGUCAAAUGCAAACAGAGCGAGACUAUGUCUUCUGGGCAGGACUUCUUUCUGAACCCUGUUCAGGCUCUGACUCCAUAGCAACUUUCUAAAAAGCAUAAAAACCUCCUUGCGAUGGUAAUAUUGUAAAAGGAACAGCCCUUUGAACACGUUUGUGCUGCUUCUCUUUUGCUGACGUGGGAGUGGUAUACAUGUAGUUCCUCUUCGUAGAAUGCUGACUUUAUAGUGUUAAAGAAACCAUGUUAUUCCAUAAAGUGCACAUGAUGGAAGAGCUCUAUAUUCUUUCUCUCUCAGUGAAAGCAAGUUACUCUUUUUCAGAAGUUAUGGACAACUAUAAUGUUACAACAAGGUGUAUAUAGUUGUUUUUGUUUUGGUAGGGUGGGUGAAGGAAUAUUGAAAAUUCCCAAUAGUUUGUCAGUAGUCAAAGACUGCUACCGAACAUUGCGGCAUCAAAAUCGGUGAAUAUGUUUCAAACCUUUCUGUAGUACGAAAAGCUAUUAAUCAUGUGACUAUUGAGUGAAUAUUGCAAAGAUGGCUGUGCAGUGGAAGACUGUGUUGUACACUUUGUAUAAUACUGUAAGUAGAAAAUUACUCUUUUUUUUCCUUUUUAGUGAAUGGGCUUAUAUAUCUUUUGUAACUUCUCUGUCUGCUGGCAAGGUAGAAAAAUGCGAUCAAUAAUCUGUAACCUUUGUUUUCAAUCAUGAAUGGUUUAUAAACAAUUGGUAAUGAAUCCACAUUCCAUUUGUUAAAAAUGCAAUACUAAAACAUAGCGAUACUAAACUUUAAUAUAAUAUAAAAAUGAAUACGUUUAUGUAAACAGGAUACUUACCCAUGUGACCAUUUUAGUUCAAUUUACAGCUUUUAAAGAGAGGGUCUUCUAUUUGACAUUUGAGUUUAAAGAUAAUCUAAUAUCUAAAUUCUGCAAAAAGCAAGAAUUUCAGGUUGCACACUGUAUACAUUCUCUGAUAUUAAAUUGAAAUUCAAACAUCUGUGAAGCACACAAAAUAUUUUCUAACCAAAAUGAGAUUUUAGAAAGAGUUCUGAAUUGAAACAUGUUAUAUACUCAGCUUUGUGUUGAGUGGAACUGUUUAGAUGUCCAGUUGAUUGGGGUUAGCAGAAGUUCAGUACAUACCGGGAGGUACAUUGUUGGAUACUUCAGGGGACAAACAUAACUGGGCAGAGUGCAAAGAGUGACUCUCAACGCUAGAAAUUCACAAACUUACUUAACUGAGCCUCUUUCAGAGAUUUAUUUACUGUUUAACAAUGUCCCAUUUGGGCUGUCGAGGGUCAUCUCACUCCAGACCCCAUCACAACCAUGGACCUUGAUACCUACAACUAACGUUCUUGCACUUUGCUCUCAGACUGGUUCUGUAAACUAAUUUGAUUUUAAUCUCAACAGUCUGCUAAAUCUUUAUCUGUGUGGUGCUCAUGAUAAAACAGCGGGAAGAAAAAAACUCUCAGAGUGGCAGCUUAUCUUCUGCCUGCGAUUUGGAGUAGGACGAUAUGGAAAAAAAUAAGCCCUACGAGGCAGAUCGUCACAGCACACUGCAAGAGUGUGUUAGUUUACAAGCAAGCAUUUGUUUCAGAUAAGACCCAAGUUUAAUUCAAGGACAGGAACCUGUACUGAAUUUAGCCCGGUAACUAAAAUUAUCCUUAAAAUACAGCUAAAAUAACUAGUGUUUUGGAAUUAAGCUGAAACUUUAGUUCGAUUGUUUAAAUUGAUAACCUUCUCAAUAAAAUAUCCAACAUAGACAAUAGACAAUAGGUGCAGGAGUAGGCCAUUCGGCCCUUCGAGCCAGCAUCGCCAUUCACUGUGAUCAUGGCUGAUCAUCCACAAUCAGUAUCCAGUUCCUGCCUUAUCCCCAUACCCUUUGAUUCCACUACCUUUAAGAGCUCUAUCCAUAUCUUUUUUGAAAGCAUCCAGAGACUUGGCCUCCACAGCCUUCUGGGGCAGAGCAUUCCAUACAUCCACCACUCUCUGGGUGAAAAAGUUUUUCCUCAAUAUAAUUCCUCAACAUAAAUAAAACAUUUGGAACAAUUCCUCCAGCUUUCACUCAUAAAACUCUUCUAUACACUCACUACACCUUGGUUAAUACCUGCACUCAGUGGCCACUUUAUUAGGUACAGGAGUGGAACCCGGUGUGCUGUAGCCCAUCCACUAAAAGGUUUAAUGCGUUGGGCUUUCAGAGAUACUCUUCUACCCAAACCGUUAUUUGAGUUACAGGUGCCUUCCUGCCAGCUUAAACCCGUCUGGUCAUUCUCCUCUGAUCUCUCUCAUUAACAAGGUGUGUUCUCCCACAAAACUGCCGCUCACUGGAGUUUUUUUUCACACCGUUCUCUGUAAACGCUAGACAGUAUUAUGCGUGAAAAUCCCAGGCGAUUCUCAAACCCUCCUGUCUGGCAUCAACAAUCAUUCCACUGUCAAAGUUAGUUAAAUCACAUCUUAUCCCCAUUCUGAUAUUUGGGCUGAACAACAGCUGAACCUCUUGACCAUGUCUGCAUGCUCUUGUGCAUUGAGUUGCUGCCACACGAUUGGCUGAUUAGAUAUUUACAUUGACAAGCGGGUGAACUAAUUAAAGUGGCAACUGAGUGUACACUUCAUGAUGCAGAAUUCAUUAUUUGAUUCACACCUACUAAAUGGAAGACAACUCUUUAAAACAAAGCUACAAAUUGUUUAUGUUGAGUUUACCUACUGUUAGCUGUAAAUAAGUAAAACUUUAAAUGCUGCAGUUUAGCUUUAUCUAACAACCACUGGCUGUAAAUCUUGCAAAAUCUAAACAAAAUCACUUGAUGUGCUUCGACUUAAAAUGUACAUUUUAAAGGUGCAAACUCACUUGGUUUUAAUCAUUUUUCUAUUUGGUUGGUGUUCAACAACAACAAAAAAGAAAAUCAUAAUGCUAUUCCAUUCCAAACUAAUUUAAACAGUGGGCUGCCUAUGAAUCACAGAACAUAAUGCGGCCUAAUUUUAUUUUAUUCACAUUCUGACAUCAGGGAUAUUUUUAACAGCAAUGAAACCACCUCUGUUUAUUUUUUAUCAUCCAUCUUUCAGGGAUUUUACUUUGGGAUUAGAUUUGCUCUAUCCAUGUUGUAAAUGUGACAACUAAGCUUUUUUGUUGCUUUAAUUAACAUAAAAAGUGGGAAAAAGUUUUGUACAUUAAGGCAAAGCUGUAGUGGAUAAUAUUCUAAAAGCCUGUUGUCUUUUUUUUCUAAAGUAUUUAAGAAAUUUAGGAGGGGGUACAGGCGAGAAAAAAUGGCUUAUGAAAGAACAAAACAGUAUAGGAAACUUUUAUUCCAAUUUGUUUUUGAGUUGAUUUACUGAGAAAACAAAAAAGGAAUUGUUAUCCAUAACUUUGUAACAAGUUCCUCGGGCAAGAGGCUAGCUUGUAACCCGUACUUGAAACUAUUUCCUUUUGUUUAAAAAGUCAUCAGCUUCACAACUUGAAAUAAAAGUUUGCAGCUUCACGGAUGAAAAGUAGCAUCAAACUGCAGAUGGAAUAGGACCAUUGAGCAUUUUACUGCAAAUAUUAAUACAAGUAAAUAUUUUGCUGGAAGUUUUAUUUUGAGUCGAUUUUUUUUGUUUUUCCUUUUACUUUUCCUCAAAGGUCUGACUCAACAGUCCAUAAUUGUAUCAUUAGGCACUGAUUAAAGAAGACCAGGAUUAAUUUUGAUUUUAUUGCAUUGUAUUGUACACAGAAAGGUUGUUUGCAAGAACUUCCUUGUAAAUGUAUUCUUCCUGAUCAUUUCGAAAU